UCCCGCUCCUGCCGGUUCCCAGCCUUCACCCCGCGAAUUCCCAGCGCUUACCUCCCACCACGGCCUCGGCGUGGGCUUAGUUCUGCGUCCUUAAAAGGAGGCGGUUUCCGGCCCCGAGAGGCGGCUUGUUGGGAGUGAAGCUUCACAGUGUGUGAGGCCUUAGGCUCAGUUUCUUUUUCCGUGGUGGGGCUGAGGGAGGUUAGGGAUGGGGCUGCGUCACUUUAAGAAAAAGAUUUCAGAAUUCUAAAUGCAAAAUUGCUGCGGAACGUCCCUGGACCUGGCCUCGAAGCUUGGGACUCGCGGUAUAUCCGCUUUGAGGGGCUGCAGUGGGCUCUUCUGGUCUGAGCCCUGCCUUGAGGAGCUCGCAGGAAUGUCCGGGGACCCCACUCCCCCAACCCCCACUUCUCUCCCGCCCGGUGGUUUUCCAUUGUCUCUAGGCUUUCGUCGCGUUCGCGAGCGGAUCUGAGCAAGGCUUAGGUGUAAACGAAGGCUUUUCUGUGGGCUCCAAUUAAAUGCUGUUUCUGUACACCUGUGUUGUUAGUCGUAAUUGCGUUUGCCUGGGCUGCACCACCUUAGGUGGGGAUCAGACAGCGACGGUAGAUCUGUUGCUCAGGGGUUUGCUAGCCACUUGCAGAAAUGACUCCCUGUGCUUUCUCUGCGUUGUGGAAGAUUGCGCAGUGCUGUUCACACAAAGGGGCGUUAUUCAAAACUUUUUUUGGUUUUUGGUUUUUGGGGUUUUUUGGUUACAUGAGAGCCUUGGAUACUUGUAAGCAAAUGAAAACAGCUGAAUCUUGAAUCUAGUCAAAUUGAUUUAUAGUAUUAGAGGCUUGAAUUAGGCCUAUUCUGUCUUCUUCCCACUAUCCCUUCUGUAUAUGUAUCGCGAUUACUACCAUUAUGUUUUAACGAGUAUGUUACUGUAAGUGCACAUAGCCACUUUUUCAAAAUAUAACAUCUACAUAACUAUGGCAAUACAAUAUUUCAAGCAUUCAGAUUUGUUUCUAAAAUUUAUUUUUUGCCCCGAUAUCUUAAAAACAAGCCCAAACUUGAUAUAGCUCUCUUGAAAAGUUGAGUAACUGAGGUAAUAACGAUGAAACAAAAUAAAUGCAGCACUAUUUCAAAGAGUUGUCUAUCUGCCACCUACAGAGUAAGAAACCCCUAAGUCAUAGUUUAUAGUUAUUUAUAUAUGUUAGUAUUAUAUAGUUAUUUCUGAAUUUAUAUAUGUAAUCUGGCUUUCAUUUGUUAUAAAAAUCUGCAUACAGUUGCUUCUCUAUAGUCUGUGAAUUUAUGUUUUAUAUUAAUCACUUGGUUUUGUAGCAUAUAAGAAGGAAAAUGAAUGAACUGUAUACUAUAAGGAUUCAAAAGAGCACUUUACUGUUGCCACAAUUGGCAUGGUGAAGUUGUGAAGGAAUUCCCUUUGGACUAGGUCCACUGUAGAUGGUAUCCAGGGCUAAUGUUAGUGUCUAAAUUGCAUUGUUCCCGUAGAGCUAUAGGUUUCCUCAAAACUGGCAAACUACUAUCAACAGUAACCCUCAUCAAGGACAUUGGUUGUAUUUUAAAAUUAGUAGUUUUCCGCAUAUGUUUUAGUGCUUAUAGACCGCAAUUCCAAAUUGACUUGCUCUCAGUAUAUCAUUUAACACCGUUGAUCUAUAAUUCAUUGCCUGAGCACCCCAGGAGAGGCAGUGUUGUGAAUUGUACACUGGUAAGCUACUUGGUGAAACCAUGCUUUGUAUUUUUAAUGUGUUCAAUUAUAUUUAAAAUCGAGCAAGUCUUAGGUUUGUGCCUGGUUUCUUUGAAAGUAUGGAUUGUUAUCUGAGGGUUGCAGUUGAUGACAUUUUCAUAUCAUAUUAAUAUGUUUGCUGCUGCUACCAAGAGCUUUGUCAAGCAAGUUGGAGAUGGAGGGAGAUUAGUUCCUGUUCCAAGCCUCAGUGAGGCUGACAAAUACCAACCUCUAAGUCUGGUGGUAAAAAAGAAGCGAUGUUUUCUCUUUCCUAGAUAUAAAUUUACCUCAACACCUUUUACACUGAAAGAUAUUCUUCUAGGAGACAGAGAAAUUUCAGCUGGUAUUUCGUCUUAUCAGUUACUGAAUUAUGAAGAUAAAUCAGAUGUUUCACUCUAUGGAAGGCGGGGCAACCAUAUUGUGAAUGAUGUUGGGAUUAAUGUCACUGGAUCAGAUUCUGUUGCAGUAAAAGCCUCAUUUGGUGUGGUAACCAAACAUGAAGUGGAAGUAUCAACGUUACUCAAGGAAAUUACUACCCGAAAAAUUAAUUUUGACCACAGCUUGAUACGUCAGACAAGGAGCAGCAGAAAGGCAGUAUUGUGUGUGGUCAUGGAAAGCAUUCGAACCACACGACAGUGCUCACUGUCUGUGCAUGCUGGAAUUCGCGGGGAAGCCAUGCGGUUUCAUUUUAUGGAUGAACAGAAUCCCAAGGGAAGGGACAAAGCUAUUGUUUUUCCAGCACACACAACCAUAGCUUUCAGUGUUUUUGAACUCUUCAUUUACUUGGAUGGUGCCUUUGACCUUUGUAUCACUUCAGUGUCAAAAGGAGGAUUUGAGAGGGAAGAAACCGCGACGUUUGCGCUGCUGUACAGAUUGAGGAAUAUACUAUUUGAGAGAAAUAGAAGAGUAAUGGAUGCCAUUUCUCGUUCACAGCUUUACUUAGAUGAUCUUUUUUCUGACUACUAUGACAAACCUCUCAGCAUGACUGAUAUUUCUCUCAAAGAAGGGACUCAUAUCCGAGUUAACUUGCUUAAUCACAACAUUCCAAAAGGACCUUGCAUACUCUGUGGAAUGGGGAACUUUAAAAGGGAGACAGUUUAUGGGUGUUUUCAGUGUUCUGUCGAUGGGCAGAAGUAUGUGCGACUUCAUGCAGUUCCUUGUUUUGAUGUCUGGCACAAGAGGAUGAAAUAAAACGGAAAGUGAACAUAGUGUUUUAGGUGCAACUGUGCCACACACCUUUCCAAAAUCAUCUAGGUAUGCUUUGCUGAAUUGUGGCGAAUUAAAGAGGGAGAGGAAAGAGAAAUUAACCCAUCAGGGCAUCGAUUUCUUCAUCUAUAAACGUGGAGAUGAUAAUAGAAUCUGCCCUAUAAAUUGUCAUAAAGAUUAAUAUUGUUUAUGUGAAAAAAGGUUUAAAUAUAAAAUUCAAAAUAUAGACGUUCCUUCAUGCUAUCUACCAGUUACUUUAGAAUUAUAUUUGGGAUUUGGCUAUAAUUUUAGAUAACUUUACGUAGUGAUUUUUCUAAAUAUCAAUUUUAUCUUUAAUUGACUUUUAAUUCAACAUUUAAGAAUGACAAGAGGUUAAAAGUGGUGACGUUAUGGUGCUUUAACCAUUGCCUUAUGUCUGGUAAAAUGAGAAAAAUGUGUUAAUAAUUUAAUGUAAUCCUAAAUGUUUAAUUGUGGUAUCAAAUGAAAAGCACACGGAGCUCAGUGUGGGGUUUUAUGGACACAGUUCACAAGGUGACUGAUAGCAGUUUGCCUUUGUGUGACGUACACAUGCUCACUAGUUUUGUCUUUAUAAAAACUCACUACUGUCAUUUGAAAGUUAAGGCAGCUAGGACACCUUGAUC